CUCGCAGCGAAGGGUUUUCAGUGCCAACGUGAUAGCGUACUGGGACAUUCAGCAAGAGUUUCAAGAUGCUCCUUGCAAACACUGCCGCGGCUGUGCUGCUGUUGAUUGUUUGCAUUGGCGCCUCAGUAGGCUUACCGACGGUCGAUGAGGAAAACGUGGUACAAGCGGAGCAACUCCCCAUCCUACCCACGGCGGACAGCAGCAAACCAACAGAUGAUACAGUGAAAGCAAUUGCACCACAGCCGCGCUACUUGCUGCCGGCGGACUUUGCCGUGAAGAACAAAAAGUUUACCAUCGGCACACUAGGCGUAGGAUCGUUCUUCCGCGCGUGGCGUAACUGCAUCGACGAGGGUAAAGGGUUGGCCACCAUCGAGAGCGAAAAGGAGCAAAAGUAUUUGGAAUCAUUGUUGAAAGCCUCAUCGACUGGUUCAAACUACUGGAUUGGAGCUACCAAUAUCGGUGCUUCGAACACGAAUAAACUAACGUGGAUAACGACGGAUUUGCCGGUACAAACGAAACCGCCCUUCCUCAAUGUGGUUGCCAAAUCCACCUGCAUCGCGCUGACUCCUACUGGUAGUUGGACACUAAGAAAUUGCUUAAAUCCGUUAAAUAUUUUCCCAUACAUUUGUGAAGAAUAUUUUUGAGAUGCCUCUGAUUGCGGAACACGACCCAUAUACUCAAGCAAAUAAGCGCAAUAAAACGUUAUAAACAGUA